GGACAGCAGCGCACUGCUCAGGCGACUGGCAGCUCUCUGCACGGAUGAUAAAGAACUUGGGAGAAGGAAAUGGUCAAGAUGGCAGCUGUGUUCGGAGUGAUAAAGCUGAUGUGGUGGCAUUAGGUGUAGUAAUUUUCUGUUUCUCUGGCAUGCAUGUCGCGGGAUCGCGGCGCAGGACGCGGACGCUUGUGAAGGAACGCCGUUUGGAUCCCUCUAAGACUCGCCGCUGAGUCUGCCUAUCUUGAACUCCACAUUUAGCCGAAACUGCAAUGCACGUUGGCCAGGGUGUGGGCUGUGCACGAGAAAAGGCAAUGUUUUGUUAAUGCUGGGCAGCCCCAUCAGCUCUGUGCUGCGGAUAGACGCCGUGCAGGAGGACAGAUAGACGGACACGUGCUGGGACUCGGCUGCAGGCUGGACAUCUGCAUAUCGUGCAUAGUAAAUAAACUGUCUCCGAAGCCUGCACACAACAUUGAUGGAAUGCGACCUGAGUGAUUUUAUAACCCUUUGUGCAACGACCGAGAUAUUGCGAUUAACAUGGCUGAGGCGCCGCGCAACGGCAACGAGCCUCCCUUAAACGUUGAGAUAGAUCCGGAUUUCGAGCCCCAGAAGCGGCCACGCUCCUGCACCUGGCCCCUUCCCCGUCCGGAGUCUGGUGCGGGCAAGCCCGGGACAAAUGACACUGACGUAAUCCCCGAAGAGGAGGAUGAUGAAGGUGGCAGCACGGGGAGCGGCGAUGCUCAGAAAGCCAGCAGCGGCGUUCUCGAACCCCGGGAGCCGAGCAGCAGCUCCGUCUCCCAGCCCGUGGAGGUCCAGCGCGGCCCCCGUAAGGAGGAGGCCGCCGACGGCUCGCCUUCCUCCGCGCAGACCCCCGCCGCGGCUCUGGGCGGCUCUGCCUCCCAACAGCUGAGGAAGUCCUCCGCCCGCAGGAACGCCUGGGGCAACUACUCCUAUGCAGACCUCAUUACCCAAGCCAUCGAGAGCUCCCCCGAGAAGAGGCUGACCUUGUCCCAAAUCUACGACUGGAUGGUGAGGUCUGUGCCGUACUUCAAGGACAAAGGCGACAGCAAUAGCUCUGCUGGCUGGAAGAAUUCCAUCCGACACAAUCUGUCCCUCCAUAGUCGUUUUGUGAAAGUCCAGAAUGAAGGAACAGGGAAAAGCUCCUGGUGGAUGGUCAACCCAGAAGGUGGGAAAGGAGGCAAAGCUCCCAGACGACGGGCUGUAUCGAUGGAUAACAGCAAGUACAUCAAAGGAGCUCGAGGACGUGCCACCAAGAAGAAAGCCUCGCUGCAGGCAGCUCAAGACGGCAGCUCAGAGAGCUCCUCCAGCCUCUCCAAAUGGACAGGAAGUCCCACCUCCCGCAGCAGUGACGAGCUGGACGCCUGGACAGACUUCCGUUCCCGGACCAAUUCUAACGCCAGCACACUCAGUGGUCGUCUGUCCCCGAUCCUGGCCAACCUGGAGCUGGACGAGGUGCCUGAUGACGACUCGCCCCUAUCACCGAUGCUGUACUCCAGCCCCAGCAGCAUGUCCCCGUCAACGGGGCCCACAGGGCUCUCUGACCUGGCAGGCACCAUGAACCUCAACGACGGGCUCGCUGACAACCUGAUGGACGACCUUUUAGACAAUAUCAGCCUGACAGCAUCCCAGCAGCCUCCUCCUGGAGAGGAAGACAGCGGAGCCAACGGUCAGGGGACGUCAGUGUUUACCUUCAGCUGCUCAGGAAGCAGUCUGGGUAGCCCCUCUGGCAGCUACGGGCCUAACCCACUUUUUAGCCCUCCGUCCAUCACAAGCCUGCGGCAGUCGCCCAUGCAGACCAUCCAGGAGAACAAGCAGACCACCUUCUCCUGCAUCUCGCACUUCAACGACCACCAGACCCUGCAAGAUCUGCUCAGCCUGGACUCCCACAGCCACAGCAACGUCAUGCUCACCCAGUCUGACCCGCUGAUGUCGCAGGCCAGCACCGCCAUUGCCCUGCAGAACUCCCGCCGAAAUGCCAUGCUGCUCCGCAAAGACCACAUCUUGGUGAACCACACCAGCGCAGGUCAGGCCCAAAGCUCUUCAGUGCCUGGUUGGCAAGCUGGCUUGUCAACCUCUGACAACGACGCCGGCCACAACGACGCCAAGCAGCCGCACCUGAAGUCUCCCAGCAAGAACGCCUCUAUGCAGCUUGGCUCUGGUUUGUCGGGCCAGGACCGCUUUCCCGCCGAUCUGGACCUCGACGUGUUCAACGGCAGUCUUGAGUGCGACAUGGACUCCAUCAUCCGCAAUGAACUGAUGGACGCAGAUUGCCUGGACCUCAGCUUCGACUCCCGCCUCACCUCCGCCCAGAACAGCAACAGGAAUUCAGGAAGCUUCUCCAGCUCGAAACAGACCUCCCCUCACAGCUGGGUCCCAAGCUGAGAAGCUCCGUCAGAGCUCAGCAUGGGUUAAAAAAAAUAAAUCAAUAAAAAAGAAGCGGGGAAAAUGUAAAUUGGGGUCUUUGUCCUGCAUUGUGCAACUAGAGGGAAGGGAGUAUGUAAAAGUGUAUUCAUGUAGUAUUUUUUUCCAUUAUUUUUAAUGUGAGGCAUUAAGUUUGGUACUGUAUUCUAAGUGUCUGAGACACACAAUGGUGUCUUCACAGAGGAGAAAAAAAAAAACGUCUUUAAAAAGAUCAAUGCCUGGGCGGUGUGAACAACAGUAUUGACUGGAAUGGAAGUACAGGACAUUUUGUUAAAACUAUACGAAAAGCAUCAACUCGUGUUAGUCUCAGGGAAUCACUCAUACGCUAUCACAAAGUGAUACAUGAAACUGAAGAUCAAUUAUGUUUUCGCCCUGCUUUCUCUCCUCUUUCACACCCUUUCAUACCUAAACCAACAUUUUUGCCAAACCAGCUGUCAGCCUGUGGUGAGGGACAGCCUGUUUACAGAAAAAGCUGCAGAGAAUGUUACAUUAUUACGUUCCAGUGGAGGAUACUUGACAAGCUUUUUUUUAUUAUUCUUAAACUUCUUUGAGAGACGUAGCCUAAAUGGACUAAAAGAUUUAAGAAAAAAGUGUUGAUGAAAAGCUUUUUUGUUUUCUCUCCCCCAUUGAUGCACAGAUUCGCGCACCAAAUAUCACUCUGUAGAGGUUAGUAUGUUAUCAAGAUGUGAACUGAUCUACAUUGUGUGGUUUUUGUAUGUAAUGUUUUAUUUUUAUUUGGCGAAUUUUACCCUGUGAUUUUAGUGACAUUACUGUGAAUUCUGUUCCUUCUGAAGAGGUGCGUUACUGAAGUCUUGAUAAUAUGGUGUUUCUGCUGCAGAUCCCUUCACCAUCUUCCCCCCCCCCCCCCCCCCUCUUCCUCCUCCCCACUUACUGCAAUAUUGGAAGUACUGCUCAGUAUACAGAGUUUAGGACAGAGUUAAGGACUGUGUUUAGCGAGCAACAUGAUUUAGCUCUAGUUAACACCAUUUACAUUAGCAGACACUUAGAACUAUUUGGAUCACAAUAACCACAGCACUCAACUACAAUAUUUUGGUGUUUGUUAAUUUGAAGGAGUUCUUGGUGCUAUAAAUAAGAAGAUAGCAGGGAGUGGCUGCAGAUGGAGCAGCAUUGGUAGCCUCCCCUUUGUUAUCAGCACUAUAGCAGGUGCUGGGCAAAAAAUGUGUUUCCAACCCUGUGAGAGGAGAUCAUGUAGUAUCUUAGAGCCAUUUUUGCCAUUUGAGAAGGAAACAACCACAGUAUUUUAAAUAUUGCCAAAAUAUUUCUGCAUUUAAAUAAGUGGAAAUAAGAGAAUAUACAGUGUAUAAAUAUUAGGAACCAGUGCUUUAAGGGCAAAAAAUGAAUUGACAUCAGCACAGUUUUUGUAGGAACAGCAGGAUGAACUUUUUUUUUUGUUUGCAUUUUUAUCAGCUGGGAACUCAGCUUUCACUGAAUUUGUCCUCUUGUUAAGUUGAGAUUUUAUUUAUUUUCUUUUCCACAUGUACAUUUGUCAUGCUUUUCCAAAUGCCGCGUUGUAGAGCUGUGUAAAAGCACUUUUGUUUUAAUGGUCUGUUGAACAUUUUGACCACCUCAAUCGGGUAUUGAUCGGGGCCACUGCAAACAGCAAAUGGUGCCUGAAAUCGCGUCCUCCAUUCGAGUUAUUGAGGUUGAACUUAACUGACAGUAAUUGAAUCAAAACAAAAAUACAUUCUGCACUACUGUGCUUCCCAAUAUCACUGUUGAAGCUUCAGAAGGAAUAUUUAAUCUUAAAAAAACAAAAAGACUUGAAGCCUAACUUUUUUUUUUGCUAUAUUAAUUUUGAGUAGCACUCACUGCCAAUGUUCAAACACCAUUUCUUCCUAUUGCUCCUACAAAAAGAAGAGAGACAUCAAGCUGACA